AUGACAACUUUGGAAAAAAUUUUGAAACGAAAAACGCCAUCAGGACCAAGUUUAGUUGAUUUAGAUAAUCUUCCAUGGGAUCCCUUCGAUAGAAAAAGAAUUUUGGAUUAUCAUCCUGAUCAAAGAGAUGAGAUUCGAAGAAAAUAUUGGAUUAAUGGACCUUGCCAACCACGUGGUCAUGACUUCCCAAAAAGAAAGAUAGGGGCUAAAGAACGACGUUUCAGCCCGACAUGGUAUGCUAGUUACGGUACAUGGUUAGAGUACAGCGUAAAAGCAGACAAAGCCUUUUGUUUGUGUUGUUACCUAUUUGUAGAUUAUGUCGGGAACCAAGGUGGGCGUGAUGUAUUUUCAAAAGAAGGGUUUAAUUGCUGGAAUAAACCGAAAAGAUUCGCUACACAUGUUGGUGAAGUUGGUAGUGCUCACAAUAAAGCACUUCAAAGGUGUCAAGAUUUACUAAAUCAAAAAACAAUCUAUUUCCACCAAUCUUCAUAA